UACGCGCAUGGCCGAGUAGGUGUGUUGUUGUGUGAGAGCGUGAGAGAGAGAGUUGAUCCGUACGCACUUACUUUACUUUAACGACGGAGAUCGUUCGUAUUUCGCACAUCAGAAUGUCGUCGUCGUCGUCUCGUCGCGUACUGUCGAUCCAGAGUCACGUUGUCUCAGGUUACGUUGGCAACAAGAGUGCUACAUUCCCACUACAGGUUCUUGGAUAUGAGGUGGACCAAAUCAACUCUGUCCAGCUGUGCAAUCAUACAGGUUACAAGCAUGUCAAAGGUCAAGUGUUGAACGCAGAGGAGCUGGGAGAGCUGUUCGAUGGGCUGGUGUUGAAUGACAUCCACCACUACACACACAUUCUCACUG